CUAAGCAAUUCUUUACCAUCAUCCAUCAACACCUCAUUCGAUUUGCAUCAGUAAAGGUCAAGAUGGCUGAUAAAAGUGCAGCUGAUGCGGAAGCGCAAUUGGCUUCUCAAUUGGCCUCAGAUGUUGCCAAUGCAGAAGCAUCAACAUCCACCUCAACAUCUGCAAAAGGCACGGAUUCAACAAAACAGCGUGAGCCAUUCUCUAAGUUGGACUUGUCACCUCCUACCAGCCGUGCUUUGGAAACGAUGGGAUUCAGUACAAUGACAGAAGUGCAAUCUCGAUGCAUUCCACCUCUUAUGGCGGGAAAGGAUGUCUUGGGUGCUGCACAAACUGGAAGUGGUAAAACAUUGGCUUUUGUCAUUCCAGCAAUAGAAAUGCUAAGCAGGUUGAAGUUUAAGCCAAGAAAUGGUACUGGUGCAAUCAUCAUUUCACCUACACGUGAAUUGGCGUUACAGAUCUUUGGAGUGGUAAAAGAAUUGAUGGGGCAUGGACAUCAUCAAACAUUCGAUAUCAUUAUGGGAGGAGCAAAUCGAAAAGCAGAAGCAGACAAAUUGAACAAAGGUAUCAAUCUCAUCGUUGCCACGCCUGGUCGUCUUUUGGAUCAUUUGCAAAAUACAAAAGGAUUCGUUUACUCAAAUUUGAAGACACUUUGUAUCGAUGAAGCUGAUCGUAUCCUCGAAAUCGGUUUCGAAGAAGAAAUGAAGCAAAUUGUGCGUAUUCUACCUAACGACAAUCGUCAAUCAAUGCUGUUCUCGGCAACACAAACUACAAAAGUGCAGGACCUUGCUAGGAUAUCAUUGCGACCUGGACCGCUAUACAUCAAUGUACAUGCCGAUCUUGCAGCCUCGACUGUUGCAAGAUUAGAGCAAGGAUAUGUGGUGUGCGCUAGUGACAAACGCUUCUUGCUUUUGUUCACUUUCCUCAAGCGCAACAAAGGGAAGAAGAUUAUCGUGUUCAUGAGUAGCUGUAACGGAGUCAAAUACCAUGCUGAGCUCCUCAACUACAUCGAUGUGCCUGUUUUGGACUUGCAUGGAAAACAAAAACAACAGCGAAGAACCUCUACGUUCUUUGAAUUCUGCAACGCUCCAGCAGGUGUACUGUUGUGCACAGAUGUUGCAGCAAGAGGUUUGGAUAUUCCCAAAGUGGAUUGGAUUAUUCAAUUUGAUCCUCCAGAUGAUCCGCGUGAUUACAUUCACAGAGUCGGAAGAACGGCCAGAGCAGGAAAGAGUGGAAAGAGUUUGUUGUUCUUAUUGCCUUCCGAACUUGGAUUCUUGCGUUUCCUCAAAGUUGCAAAGGUACCUUUGAACGAAUAUUCAUUCCCGAUGAACAAGAUUGCAAAUGUGCAAGGACAACUCGAAAAAUUGAUUGGCAAGAAUUAUUAUUUGCAUCAAAGCGCUAAAGAAGGUUUCCGAAGUUAUUUGAUGGCUUAUAAUAGUUAUGCACUCAAGAAAAUCUUUGACGUUCACAAUCUCGAUUUGACAAAAGUGGCAAGAUCAUUCGGAUUCACAAGUCCACCUAAAGUCAAUAUUGCCGUAGGGUUGAAGAACACCAAAGCUUCUGCAAAACGUAAAGAAGUAGAUGGGGAGGAAGAGGAUGACGAAGAAGAAGUGACGGGCGAUGCAGAGGCCGAGCAGGCGUCCAAGGCUGACAUUAGAGGUAAUGGAGCCGGACAAAGACGGCAAUACAAAAAGCAAAAAGGUGAUCAACGAUCCGAAAAAGCACACGCAAUACAUAAAUCGCAACAACGUAAGCAAAGCGGUAAACAAUGGACCAAAUGAUCCUCCUAUCCAAUCUACAAUUGUACUUAUAGAACAAACAAGCUUUCCAUGAUU